GAAAGAAAGAAAGAAAGAAAGAAAGAAAGAAAGAAAGAAAGAAAGAAAGAAAGAAAGAAAGAAAGAAAGAAAGAAAGAAAGAAAGAAAGGAAAGAAAGAAAGGAAAGAAGGAAGGAAAGAAAGAGUUGCUGUUUCCUCUCACUCUGAGCUAGUGGGGCCCAAACAGUCCCAGGAGAGGCCCGGGCUGGGACCUGUUGCUGGCCGGGGAUGAGAGCCGGAGUGAUUUCUCUUUUCUUACAGCUCCAAUUUCAGAGAAAGGAUUCCACCACCACCCCCCCCAUCCCCGCCCCCCAAUCCCCAGCCCCAACCGUUAGCAACAAUCACAGUGGGUUCCCGGGAGGAGAGCCCAUUGUAAUGGAGGGGACGGGUGGGAAUAACAAGAGGGAGUUGAGUAGCCCCCCUCCCACCAUUGCAAAAGUCUGUUUUUAGCGGGGGGUGGAGAGGGACAAGAGACAGGGAGGCCCUGCAUCGGCUCUCAGCGGGAUCCACCUUCCUGAAAGAAGUACCUGAAUGGCGGGGGAGGGGCUUACAGUGUCAAUGGGCCAGAAGCAAUAACGGAGACCUUUUCAGGUUUUCCAGACUGAAGUCCAGGGAAGAGCUGAAGUUGCUGCCCUCUGGGAAACGCCAUGGACGGUGCCCGCAGCCCAGGCUCCCGAGAUUUGGAGUCCAAUGUCAAGAUCAAAAAUGAGCCAGAGGAAGAAUCUUUCCAAAGAGUGAAGAUUGAAAGACUCAGCAGUGUUGAUGACUGCUCCUCUCUUUGUAAGGAAUGGGGUGAAAGUGAGAGCCAGGUAACAAGUGAGGAACUAAAACAGGAGGGUGAUGUGAGAAAAAUGACCAACCCCCAGAAAAUUCAAAACAGAGACAGAUAUAAUAAAUAUAAGGAAGGUCGGAAAAACUCCCCUCCACAUUCAAACAUUAUGGAACAUCAGAAAGCCCAUGCUCAUGAGAAGACUUAUAAAUGUAAUUAUUGUGGGCAAACAUUCAGUCACAAGUCAAGACUUACCCGACAUCAGAGAAUUCAUGUUAGGAAAAAGUGCUAUAAAAAUAAUGACUGUGAAAAAACCUUGAGUCAGCCCUUAACCCAUGCUUCCCAUGAGACGACUAAUCCCGAAGAGAAAUCAUAUAAGUGUGAUACAUGUGGCAGAUCCUGUCCCAAAAACUCCAUUCUCAUUAGGCACCAGAGAAUUCAUACUGGAGAGAAGCCUUAUAAAUGCAAGGACUGUGGGAAAGCCUUCAGUGAAGUGUCCAAACUUAAUGUACAUCGGAGGAUUCAUACUGGAGAGAAGCCUUAUGAAUGCAAUGAUUGUGGAAAAGCCUUCAACAGAACAUCAUCUCUUGUUAGGCAUCAGAAAAUUCAUACUGGAGAGAAGCCUUAUAAAUGUGAUAAGUGUGAAAAAGCCUUUACAGAGAGCUCAAAUCUUAUUCUGCAUCAGAUGGUUCAUACUGGAGAAAAGCCUUUUACAUGUAAUCAAUGUGGGGAAGCCUACACUAAAAACUCAAAUCUCAUGAGGCACCAGAAAAUUCAUACUGGAGAGAAGCCUUAUAAAUGUGAGGAGUGUGGAAAAGCCUUCAGUGAGAUGUCAAAACUUACAACACAUCAGAAAAUUCAUAGUGGAGAGAAACCUUAUGUAUGUAAUAAAUGUGGGAAAGCCUUCACUGGAAAUUCGAAUCUUUCCAAACACCAGAAAAUUCAUACUGGAGAGAAGCCUUACAAAUGUGCCGAGUGUGGGAAAGCCUUCACCCAGAGCUCAGUGCUUUACAGGCAUAUGUUGAUUCACACUGGAGAGAAGCCCUAUAAAUGUAAUGAGUGUGGGAAAGCCUUCACUCAGUACUCAACCCUUUUCAAACAUGAGAGGAUUCAUACUGGAGAAAAGCCUUAUAAAUGUAAUGAAUGCGGGAAAGCCUACACUCGAAACUCAACCCUUUUCGCUCACCAGAGAAUUCACACUGGAGUGAAGCCUUAUAAAUGUGAGGAGUGUGGGAAAUCCUUCAUUGAGAGCUCAACUCUUCUUGGACAUCAGACGAGUCAUACUGGGGAGAAGCCUUAUACAUGUAAUGAAUGUGGACUAUCUUUCACUAAAAACUCAGUUCUCAUUAGGCACCAGAAAAUUCAUUCUGGAGAGAAGCCUUAUAAAUGUGAAGAGUGUGGGAAAGCCUUCAAUGAGAUGUCAAAACUUAAAAUGCACCAAAAGAUCCAUAGUGAAGAGAAACCUCAUAAAUGUAAUAAAUGUGGGAAAGCCUUCACUGAGAACUCACGCCUUCGGAAACAUCUGCGAAUUCACACUGGAGAGAAGCCUUAUAAAUGUAAGGAGUGUGGGAAAGCCUUUAGCCAGAGCUCAAUGCUUAUUAGACAUAUGAUGACUCACACAGGAGAGAAGCCUUAUCAGUGUGCUGAGUGUGGGAAAUCUUUUACUCAAAAGUCAAGUCUUUUCAUCCACCGGAGAAUUCAUACUGGAGAGAAUCCUUAUAAGUGUAAUGAAUGUGGGAAAGCUUUCCGUAGAACCUCAACACUUAAAAAACACCGGAGAACACAUACUGAAGACAAGCUUUAUAAAAGUAAAGAGAGAGCCAAGAUGACCGAUGAGAGGCAACCAGCCAAACGGAAGUCUUCCAACAUUCCCCUCAAAAAAACUUUAAAAUGACACCUCCAGUCAAAUUUUAAAGCAGCAGAGCUGCCAGGCUGAGACAUUUUUCCAACCUAAGACAAUUUAGGAGAUCAGUUCUUUUUUCCAAGGUGAUGUGAUCAGGGAAAGGUGUGGUCACUUCUCUCUAUAUCCAGAAAAGGCUAUUGAUCCCCUGCUAGUGCUUUUCUUAGCCUUAGAACUGUGAUCCUAUAUCCUGCUCUCUUGCAGCCACAAGGACAGAUGUUCCUUGGAAGUUCUUAUAGAACUUUCUCCCCACUCCCCAAACUAGCUCUGAAAACAGCAGCAUGAGGAAACCUAAAGCUUGGAACAGUGCCUCCCUACCACCAGUGAGCCCAAAUUAAAUAUAAAGUUCAAAGUCAAGAUAGAGGCUGGAAAAAUAAGUAAACAACAACAAAAGAACUUGGCCAUGAAAAGCUACUAAGUGGCCAAGACACAAAAUAAGAUGCAGACAAUGUGAACAUAGCUACAAAAGCCUCAAAAAAAAAAGCUAAUUGGACCCAAACCCAGCAAGAAUUUCUAGAAGAGUUUUUAAAAAUAGAGAUAAGAGGAAAAAUUGGGAAAGGAACUGAAAGUGAUGCAAAAAAUGAAGAGAGAAAUAGUAAAAGAGGCAUCAAAAAUACGGAAGAAAAUAACACCUUAAAAAACAGUAUUAGCAUAAUGGCAAAAGGGUACAAAAAUUUACUGAAGAAAAGAACUCUUUAAAAAGCAAAAUAGGCCAAAUGGAAAAGGAAGUACAAUAAUUCACUGAAUUGAAAUGGAAAGAAUCCACUGAUCACCUCCUGAAAGAGAUCCCAAAAUGAAAACUCCUGGGAUAUUGUAGUCAAAUACCAGAGCUCUUAGAUCAAAAAGAAAAUAUUGUAAGCAUCCAGAAAAAAGCAAUUCAAGUUCAAUGGCACCAUAGUCAGGGUCACAGAAGAUUUAGUAACUUCCACAGUAAAGAAGCAAAGGACUUGGAGCAUGAGGGCAAAGGAGCUACCAUUACAACCAAGAGUAACUUAUUCAGCAAAACUGACUAUAAUCUUUCUGGGGGGAAAUGAAUAUUUAAUAAAAUAGAGGGUUUUCAGGAAAUCUUGAUAAAAGUCUGGAGCUAAAUAGAAAAAUCUGAAAUUCAAACAUAAGACUCAAUGAAAACAUAAAAAGGUAAACAUGAAAGAGAAAUAUUAAGAUACAAUAUAGUUAUGCUAUUUACAUUCCUAAACAGGAAAGUGAUACAUGUAAUUUCCAAUAACUUUAUCAUUAUUGUGGCUGUUAGAAACAGUUUAUUUAAAUAGACAUGGAUGUGAGUCAAUGUUGGGAUGAUCUGAAAAAAAAGGAAGGAGUAAGAAAGAGGGAUGCACUGGGAGACGGGGAAGAGAGAAGUAGAAUGAAGAAAAUUAUUUCAUAUAAUAAUGGCAUGCAUGGGAAAGUUUUUACAGUGGAGGGGGAACUUGCUGGGGGGAACAAUGCUUGAACCUCACUCAUCAGAAUCACUUUAAAGAAGGAACAAUACACACAUACACACAUUCAGUUAGAUAUAUAAAUCUAUCUGAUCUAACAGGGAAAUAGGAAGGGAAGGAAAUAAAAGAAGAGGAAGGGAGUAGGGAUAAUAAAAAGCACAGAUUAAGGCAGCAGUCAGAAUUAAAAAAAAGGUUUUUGAGCAGUAACAAGAUGAAGAGAAAGAACAAAGAGAAGAAAAUAGGAUGGAAGGAAAUGCAUAGUAAUCAGAAUGGUUACUCACACCCUUAAAUCAGAAGCAAAUAAUAAAAUGUAUUAGAAACCAGAAUCCCACAAUAUAUUGUUUACAAAAGGCACACUUGAAAUAGACAUACCCAGAGUUAAAAAUUAGGAGAUAGAGCAGAAUCCAUUAUGCUUCUUCAGUUAAAGUUUAAACAACGGGAGUGAAGCAGGAUUAGUAAUCACUAUCUCAUAGUGAUAAAACAAAAGCAAAAGUAAAUCUAAUAAAAAGAGAUAUUGGAAACUACAUUUUGCCAAAAGGUACCAUAGACAAUGAAAUAAUAUAUAAAGCAAAUUUCUGUAACUAAGCUCUAUUUUCUCAGAUAUAUAGGGAACGGAGUCAAAUUUGUAAAAAUAAGAGCUAUUCUCUAAUUGAUAAAUGAUCAAAGGAUAUGAACAGGGAGUUUCCAGGAAAAGAAACAAAGCUAUAAUAAUCAUAUGAAAAAAUGCUCUAACUCACUAUUGAUUGGAGAAAUGCAACAUGGCCCUAAGGUAUCACUUUACACUUCUUUAAAAAGUCAUGCUAGAAGGGAUGAGAGAAAAUAUUUACAUUAAUGAAUUGUUAGUGGAGUUGUGAACUGGUUCUGCCAUUCUAGAGAACAAUUUUGAACCAAGCCUAAAAGACUAACAAAACUAUCCUUUGACUCAGCAAUACCAUUACUAGGUCUAGAAUCCAAAGAGAUGAAAGAAAAAUCUAUAUGUAGAAAAAUAUCUAUAGUAGGGUUUUGUUUUGUUUUGUUUUGUUUUGGUAAAGAACUGGAGAUUGAGGAGAUACCCAUUAAUUGGGGAAUGGCCAAACAAGUUGUGGCGUAUGAUUGUGAAAGAGUACUAUUGUGUUGUAAGAGAUGACAAGUAGGCAAAUUCCAGAAAAAUCUGGAAAGACCUACAUGAACAAACACAAAGUGAAAUGAGAAGACUCAGCAGAGCAAUAAUGUAAUGAUAAUCAACUGAGAAAGACUUAGCUGUUUUGAUCAAUACAAUGAUCCAAGAAAAUUAUAAAGCACCCAUGAUGAAAAAUGCUGUCUCCAUAGAAAGAACCACUGAACUCUAAAGGCAAACUGAAGUAUAAUUUCCUCACUUUAUUUUUCUUGUGUUUUUGUUGUUCAAUAUGGUUAAUUUGGAAAUGUUUUGCAUAAUUUCACAUAUAUGUAUAUCAAAAUGCUUUUCUUUUCAGUGUGGAGGAAAGGAGCAGUUGAGGAGAGAAUAUGAACUCAGAAUUAAAAGAUAAUAAAUAUUAAAAUAACCAAAAAUGUCACAAAUGUGGAGUACUAUUCAGACUCCAAUUUAGUAUGAUCUGACAUCAGAAAACAUAUAGUAGAGUGAAGUCUUAUAAAAGUCAUGAAUGAAGAAUAGAUUUUAUGACAGUUACUAUUGCCCUCACACGAGAGAAAAUGUGAUGGAGAGAAUAUAGAAAUGUAAAAGAUAUAACAAGAAUCUACUAAACAUUUAGGCUUUAUUGCAAAAGAUCCUAUCAGUAUGAUGAAAAAUCUUCAUUCUGAACCCAACCUUUAAAUAUAUUGCACUAUUCAUACUGGUGAGAUAAAAACUUUAUAAUUAAUGUGGUAAGGUUUUCUUAUAAACAUGAGAGAAUUAUCCUCAAAAAUAGCCUUUUUUAAAGUAAUUGGCUUGUGAUGAAGAGAGCCAUCUACAUUCAGAGAGAGGACUGUGGAAACUGAGUGUGGAUCACAACAGUUUUUUCACUCUUUUUGUUGUUUGCUUAUAUUUUUAUUUUCUUUCUCAUUUUAUCCUUUUUGAUUUGAGUUUUCUUGUGCAUCAAGACAACUGUAUAAAUAUGUAUGCAUAUAUUGGAUUUAACAUAUAUUUUUACCAUGUUUAAGAUAUAUUAUUUGCCAUGUAGGGGAGGGGAUGGGGGAAGAGGGAAAAUUAGAACACAAGGUUUGGCAAGGGUUAAUGUUGAAAAAUUAUCCAUGCA